AUGGCUCUAAACCACUACCGUAAUCUCAAGGAAACAGCAGAUAAAUUUAAAGGAUCAGAAGGAACUGAGAAAUUGGCUAUGUUAAUGAAUAAGACUUUUGAUGUCCUAAAUGGCAGAUACUAUGCUGAAGGAAUCUCGAAUAACAUCAACCACAACGACAAGAACAAAAGGACGGUCAAAGAAAUGAAGUGGGCAACGUUGAAUGCUAUGUUGACUGUGCUGUACAUCACCGAAAAGGAACAUGAAUCCCUUUUAACUGGUAAAAUGAAUCAAGAUCCUAUUGAGGAAAUUGAAGAGGAGAGAAAGCAAGCAAAGUUAACUUUAAAGGACAAACUGUUAACUGAGUUGUCUAUUAGAUAUGUUGAUCAUAUUGAGAAUCAGGUCAGCAGCAGUGAUGUUACGAACGACGAAUUGAUCUAUGACAUCUGUGGGUAUCUGCUUCACAGCCGAUCAGCAGUUUUGGAAUGCCGUAAGUGUAAAUCUUUGCUCAAAACAGAAGAGUCACAACUGCCAGAAACCUUUGCGCCAAAAAACUACACCCUUACAAGAACUUAUGGAUAUCUAAAACUUGCAAAGAUGCUUUUGAACAAGUCAUUGACCAAAUUGGUUCUCUAA